AUUAUAAGAUGUCUCCCGCUCUUUUCCAAUUUUCGAAAUGAGGGAACUCUCUCUCUCUCUCUCUCUCUCUCUCUCUCUCGUUAGGGUUAUUCUUUGGUAUCUCUGCAACUAAAAGGUCUGAAAUCGACAUGUAAGAUGGCAUCUAAACUUCAAAGUGCAGAUCUGGUCGACCCUCUGGUUGGGCUGUCGACUAUUUCUUUGUUUCCUCGAACAUUUAAAGAUUCGAUGAAGGCGGUAGAAUCAGAACAGCAGGAUAUGGAGAAUAUCCAUAACUAUCUUAAAUCCAUGACAUUAAAAAACCCAAAGAAACUCCUAGAGCAGGCGAAGACCAUUUUAAGCAACAGCUCUGAACCUCUGGAUUCUGAGCUUCCAUGCCAUAUUUCAUCUGAACAUGAAGAUGGAGCUGCUGCUGCAAAGGGCAAGGGUCGUCCUCAAGAGCGAAGACCGGCCUUGGGACGUAAAAGGGCUCGGUUUUCUUUGAAGCCUAAUGCAAGUCAACCUACUUUGGAUCUGGAUUCAAGUAUAGACAUUGAUCAGUUGGAAGACCCAGAGGAAUACUUUUUGGCCCAUGAAAAGAUUGAAAAUGCCAAAAAAGAAAUACAGAAACAGAGGGGUGAUGUCUUGAUAAAUCCAAAUCAGCAAAAUCUUUCUACAAAUGUGCGUUGUCGUCGACCUGGAAUUCUAGGGAAAACAGUUAAUUAUAAACAUCGUUAUUCAUCAAUUUCUGUUGACAAUGAAGAGAUUUCUGUAUCCUCACAAAAGGAAUUUGAAAUGGACAACCCAAGCCAAUCUGAUUAUAGUCCUCACGAAGAAAAGAAAAAUCAGGAUGGGACAUCAGAGGAAAAGGAAAGAGUUGGAGAUGAAGUGGAAGAUGUUAUUCCCGAAGAAGGUUCAGUAGCUUUGGCAGAGAACAAAGUCAAUAAUCUUUUGGACGAAUUGCUAUCUACCAAUUGUAAUGAUCUAGAUGCAGAUGGUACUGUAAGUUUAUUGCGUGAGCGUUUGCAGAUUAAGUCAAUUGAUUUGGACAAAUUAUCCUUCCCUAGCUUGGACAGUGUUCGAAGUAAUGAUGUUAAGGCAGCAGAUGAAUGGUCGUUGAGGCCGAGAAAAGCAUUAUCAGAUAUACAUAACAUAAUAAGAAGGACAAGCACAGAGACAUCUACAGAACAUAAGCAAAUGUCAGGAAGCCCAGUUUGCCCGAAGGUUUCAACAACCCUGCAAAGGAGCCCAUUGACCUCAUUAUUUUUAUUGAAGAGGCGUAUGCCAGAUAUGGAUCCACCGAAUGACCCAUUCUCUUCAGAUGGUAUUGAUGCAUCACCUGCCUCUCAUUCUUUCCCGGUUAGAGGCAUCAACAGGCAAAUUCUCUCACCUCGUGUUGGAACCAGUAAUCCAGAACCAGAAAAUCCUACUCCUGCAGAGGAUGAUGGGAAGGGAUCGAGCCAUUCUGGCAAGUUGCAGUCACUAAUGCUUGAAGAGGAUAUAUCUGCAGGCAAUGAAAUGGAUUCAGGAAAACUUGCAGCAGAAGAUUUGGGUUCUCCAUUUGACAAGCCUAUUCAUGAAACCUCUAGUGGAUGUGAUACCGAUAUGAACAUUGGGUCAAAUGGAUCUCAUGGUGGCUUGAAGGAUGUGGCAAAAGAUGCACAAAAGCAAACUGUGACCCCUGAGCAGCUCAAGCUUGGGAUAGAAAGUUUAAGUGUGGACCAACAGCAUUGUAAUGGUAAUCAGUUAGAUCAACCAGGCUCUACUCUAGGUGACCCAUGCUUAGAGGAGCAAACAUCACAAAGGAUAGAUAUUCCUUCUGAACAAAAUGAGAAAGAAACAUAUGUGGUUCUCAUUGAACAGACAAAUCGGAAUCUUUCUAUGAUGACACCAAAUCAACCGAGCAAACCAAAAUUACCUCCAGGCAAUAGAAGGAAAAGAAAGGGACAGAUAGAUCAGGAAACUUCUAUGAUACCAUCAAAUCAACAAAGCAAAGCACAAGCACCUCCAGGCAAUACCAGAAAAAGGAAAGCACUCUCUCAUAGGAACAGCCUUGCAGGGGCUGGGUCUUCAUGGGAAUCUGGGGUAAGGCGAAGCCACAGGAUCAAGUUUAGACCUUUGGAGUAUUGGAAUGGUGAGAGGUUUUUAUACGGGCGCAUACAUGGCAGCUUAGCGACCGUAAUUGGAUUGAAGUAUGCAUCUCCGGCAAAGGGUGACGGAAAGCCUACAUUUAAAGUGAAGUCUUAUGUUUCCGACGAAUACAAAGAGCUCGUAGAACUGGCAGCUCUGCAUUGAGAAAUUCUUUGUUUGAACAUGUAUGUAUGAAUCACCUUUUUGUGAUCAUCUCUCGUACUGGUACUUUUCACCAACGAUUAGUAAAUGUAUGCGCUUAUUCUUAUGUAUCUACUAGAAGUAUGCAUCCACGGGCUGGUGUUACAAGAUGCCCAUGUUCUA